AUGGAACUUACUUGGUUUUGGCUUACGGUCGUGGCCAUUUUAGCUAGUUCUUUGGCUUCGUUGGCAACGAGGACAAAGAAGAAGCUGCCUCCAGGUCCAAAAGGGAUCCCUAUUCUGGGAAAUCUGCACAUGUUGGGGGAGAAUCCCCACCACGAUCUGCAAAGGAUUGCCAAAGGCCACGGCCCCAUCAUGUACAUACGAUUUGGGUUUGCUCCAAUCAUCGUCGUUUCAUCUCCUCAGGCAGCUGAGCUUUUCCUCAAGACGCAUGACCAUGUUUUCGCCAGCAGACCACCUCAGCAGGGUUUUAAGUAUCUCUCAUGGGAUCAGAGGAAUCUGGCAUUUAAGGCUUACGGAUCGUACUGGCGGAACAUGCGCAAGCUAUGCACCUUGAAGCUGCUCAGCACCCUUAAGAUCAGUUCUUUCCAAUCUAUGAGAAGGGAAGAGCUUGGUCUUUUUGUUGAAUCUCUCAAUGAAGCUUCAAGACUACACGUUGCUGUCGAUCUUAGUGCCAAGGUCGCCUCCCUGACCGGAGAGAUGAGCUGCAGAAUGAUGUUUGGUAAGAAAUAUAAAGACAAAGACAUAGAUGACAGAGGCUUCAAAGGUGUGGUCCAAGAAGUGGUGAAACUAAUAGCAGCUCCGAAUUUGGGUGAUUACUUUCCGUUCCUUGGAGUCUUGGAUCUCCAAGGACUGACAAGGAAGCUGAAGGCAAUCACAAAAGUUUUUGAUGUUUUCUUUGAGAAAAUUAUAGAAGAUCAUGUUCGAGCAGGGGAUCGUCCAGAGCAGGCCAAAGACAUUGUUGAUACCAUGAUGUCCAUAAUGCAAAGCAGAGAAUCUGCGUUUCAGUUCGACAAGCGUAAUGUCAAGGCCAUUAUGCUGGACUUGCUCGUAGCCUCAAUGGACACAGCAGCAACAUCGGUUGAGUGGAUACUCUCCGAACUGUUGAGAAAUCCAACAGUUUUGAAGAAAGUACAGAAAGAGUUGGAACAAGUUGUGGGAUUGAAGAGGAUGGUUGAGGAGUCUGAUCUCAACCAGCUCGAAUAUCUCAACAUGGUUGUGAAGGAAAGCUUUAGGCAGCACCCAGCUGCUCCGCUGUUGUUACCUCACUAUUCUAGGGAAGACAGCAAGGUUAAUGGCUAUGACAUACCGAAAGGAUCAAGGAUACUCAUCAACACAUAUGCAAUCGGGCGCGAUCCAAAUGUAUGGCCUGAUCCGGAGAAGUUCAUUCCGGAGAGGUUCAUUGGCAGUGACAUUGAUGUUAGGGGACAGCAUUUCCAGCUCCUCCCAUUUGGGUCUGGGAGGAGAGGUUGCCCCGGAAUCCAGCUGGGGCUCAUCCUAGUUCGACUGAUCGUGUCACAGAUAGUCCACUGCUUCGAUUGGCAGCUGCCGAAUGAUAUGUCGCCUGAGGAACUGGACAUGAAUGAGGAAUUUGGCAUUGUUGUUUCAAGGGUUAAUCAUCUCAUGGCAAUCCCUACCUUUCGGUUGCAGAACUAGAUUAUUAAGCAAACUUGUAAAAAUUUGCUUCCUGAAAAUAAUCUAAAUAAGACAAGCUAAAUAAGUAAUCACAGCCAGGAUAUAAGAUAUCAAAAUUAUUUCAAGUCAAGUUCAAUUAUUGCAUAGCUGUUCAAUUUAGAGUAAGAUUAUAACAGAUGAUUAGGGCCAAAUUAUUAAGAACUUAGUAGGCUGAGCACAGAACAAUAUGAUUAACAAUUCAUCAAACACAUUGCGGGCGAUCUUAAAUAGGCAUACAUAUACCAUUCCAAACAUCCCCCACACACAAAAAACCUUCACACAGAUAUCUAAAAUCUUAAUUCAACAACGCAAAGAGGUAAACAAACGACAA